AAAGGACCACCUCAAUCUGCCCUUCUUCACACUGGGCACAAGACCCAACCGAGUCCAUGCGCUCGCUCUCUCCCUCUCCUUGUAACUACUACUACUACUGCUACUAUUGUACUCAUUCCAGACCUUGUAGACUUCUUCUUCUUAUUCUUCACAUUGUCAAAUCAGGCCUUUUGUUUCUCUUGUUGUCCAUCGUACAGUUGACCUUGAUUUUCCAGACCUAGAAGCGACCAUCCCUCUAUUCACCAUGUCCAAAACAUUCUCCCUCGCGGAUGUGUCGUCCCAUAACAAGGCAGAUAAUCUCUAUAUUGUGGUCGACGAGGAUGUCUACGACCUCACCAAGUUUCAAGAUGAGCAUCCAGGUGGCAAGAAGAUCCUCCAGCGAGUGGCAGGAAAAGACGCCUCGAAGCAGUUCUGGAAAUACCACAAUGAGAGCAUCCUCAAGAAAUACAAGGGCAAACUCCAGGUUGGUUCGUUAGAUACCAAGAAGGCUGCGGCACCACCAACGCCCCCGGCUACACCUCCGCCGCAAGAGAAGAAGAAGGUUGUCCCGCAGGCCGAAUCUGGAACCGUCGCUCCGGCACCAGGCCCAGGUGCGGCAGAGGAGGCUGAGGCGCUUGAUCCCUUCGGCGACCUCAUUCCGUUCGGUGACCCCAAUUGGUACCAAGGCUAUCACUCGCCCUACUACAACGAAACGCAUGCUGCCCUCCGUGCCGAAGUCCGAGAAUGGGUCGAAUCCGAGAUCGAGCCAUACGUGACCGAGUGGGAUGAGGGCAAGAAAGUCCCAGACACCAUCUAUAAGCAAAUGGGUGAACGAGGCUACCUUGCCGGCUUGCUCGGAGUGAAAUAUCCCAAGCAUCUGGUCAAGAAUGGAGUCAAGAGCGUACCUGCGGAGAAGUGGGAUUUGUUCCACGAGAUGCUCCUGACCGACGAGCUCUCUCGGACUGGCUCAGGUGGUCUUGUUUGGAACUUGAUCGGCGGAUAUGGCAUUGGAUGUCCACCGCUGGUCAAGUAUGGUAAGAAGGAGUUGGUUAAUCGCAUUCUGCCUGGCAUUCUUUCGGGUGACAAGAGAAUCUGCCUGGCCAUCACCGAGCCCGAUGCCGGUUCCGAUGUGGCCAACCUCACAUGUGAAGCCAAGCUCACUGAGGAUGGAAAGCAUUUCAUCGUCAACGGAGAGAAGAAAUGGAUCACCAAUGGUAUUUGGUGCGAUUACUUCACCACCGCUGUCAGAACAGGCGGUCCUGGCAUGAAUGGCGUCAGCUUGUUGUUGAUUGAGCGCGGAGAAGGUGUCAGCACUCGACGCAUGGACUGCCAGGGUGUUUGGAGUUCUGGUACGACGUACAUCACAUUUGAAGAUGUCAAGGUGCCCGUUGAGAACUUGUUGGGCAAGAAGGACCGCGGCUUCCAAGUGAUCAUGACCAACUUCAACCACGAACGCAUUGGUAUCAUAAUCCAGUGUUUGCGGUUCUCCCGGGUGUGCUUCGAAGAGUCGGUCAAAUAUGCCUCCAAGAGAAGAACGUUUGGCAAGAAACUCAUCGAUCAUCCUGUGAUUCGUUUGAAACUCGCCCAUAUGGCCCGACAGACUGAGGCCAGCUACGCCUGGUUGGAGAAUGUGGUGUACCAGUGCCAGAAAAUGGGCGAGACGGAAGCCAUGUUGAGACUCGGAGGUGCCAUUGCCGGUCUCAAGGCUCAAGCUACGACUACAUUCGAGUUCUGCACCAAGGAAGCCGCUCAGAUCUUUGGGGGUCUCGCAUACUCGCGAGGUGGCCAAGGUGGAAAGGUCGAAAGACUGUACCGAGACACUCUGGCCUACAAGAUUCCUGGAGGCAGUGAGGAGAUUAUGUUGGAUUUAAGUAUCCGACAGAGCAUGAAAGUGCACAAGGCAUUGGGUAUGAAGCUGUGAAGAGUGAUUUUAGUAGAGGGAAAAAUGUAUUUUGAUCUUGUGCAUGCGAAUAUGACUGCAAAGGAGGAUUAUAUGUAACUAUUAUUCCAUGUAGUAGUCUCAAUGUGUCGCAUCAGUGCCAUGGAG